AUGGAGAUUUGUGGCCUGGUACGCGGCUCCUGUGAGCGUUAUUGUCCCGAUGCCGAGGCUAAAAUGCAAGCGCAUACAAAAAAAAAACUGCUCAAUUACUUCGAGUACAAGGAUGGCCAAAAGCAAGUGCCCGGUGUAUUGGUCAAGGAGUUUACCCGCUCAGCCGCUGAUGCCAAGGUGCCCAAAGCAAAGGACAUGCGCACUGAGCUCUGUCUGAACAAAACUGUUGAAUAUUUGCUCAAAGAUAUUCUGCUAGAUGAGCGCAAACCUUUUAAUUGGGUUUAUGAUUUCGUAUUCGAUCGUUUACGAAUGGUGCGACGCGAGAUUGUCAUACAGCAGUUUGAGCCAAAACAGACGAUCAAGCUGCUGGAGCCGACGAUCAUGUUUCUAGCCUACAGUCGAUAUCGACUUUGUGCGGAGCCUAUAGAGAAAUUCGAUCCGAAGAUUUGUAAUCAACACUUACAGGAAUGUCUUAAUAUGACGCUCUGUUGCUACAAGGAGUUGGACGAUCAAUCUGAUCACAAGGAGUUCACUCUUCGAGAUUUGCAGCGACGUUGUUUCAUAGAGGCAUUAUACCAACUGUUUAAUCUGGGCACACCGGAAGCGCUGGUUCGCGGUCUUACUUUGCCCGCCAAAACUUGCCAAAAUUACCUCAUAUCCUUUGUGCUGUGGCUGCUUACAAACUGCAAAUCAUAA